AUGAUUCCGGAUAUCAAAGUGAAAGAUACAAGUAGCGAUGGGAUCUUUCUCCAAUUUAACCCCGAAUGCCUUCUCUGGCCCUCGCUAUGGCGAGCUGGAAUAGGCGUUUGCGGAGAAGGAGUGAUCAGACAAAUCUGCCUUUUUUCUUCGAAAGUGGGCGAAAAACGAGCUGUAUCGUACUUCCUUCCAAUGGACCUAUUGAACCAGCACAACAGCUGGUUCUUCACUAUCGACAUACUCGGUCUUUCAACACAAGGGAGCUUGCCGUGCUUGCUGCCGUUCCUCUCUCAUCGCCCCUACCAGUCCGUCCUGUCUUACUUGCUACUUUCAGACGGCGUAAAGAAAGGUCAAUGUAAUCGAGCCUCGGAGUAA